GUGAAAGCCCUGAAAAGGGCCUUGAAGGCGGUUACCCGCCUGCGGGUGGCGGGUGGAAAGAUGAUGGAGGAGGACGACCUGGACUUGCCAGGCGCCUUCCAACGGCUCUACGCCUUCCCGGCCUCCCGCGGGCAGUCCGAAGCCGGAGGAGCGGAGGAGGUCUACCAGGCCUUGUGUGACGGCUUCGGUCUGGCGGAGUGCUUCCGCCGAGGCUUUGGAGAGGAAGAGGACUUUAAGCGCCAACUGCGGCGGUCCUUGAAAGGGCUGACCUGGUUGGCAGGAUCCUGUCUGCGUUGGGCGCGGGUCUUUGGCUCCAAAGCCCCCGUGAAACUCGAGGCGUGCAGUGGCACUGGAGAUUGGGUGGUGGCACAGGCACAAGCCGAUACUGAAGCCAAUUGGGUGGCAAGUGAGCUCAGAUAUGACCGCGUUUGGAGCAUCCUGAGCAAGUGCGUUCGCUGCUGCAAGUUCGGGCUACGCUCGGCCUGGCGGUUUGGGCAUGGUGAUUUGCAGAUUGGACCUGCCCCUUUCCAAAGUUGACGUUCCAGCAAAAGUGAUGGUUUUUGGUCAGGCACAACAGGGACGCCACCUGUCAAAUGCUGGGAAUAAAAAAAUGCAUAUCCUUUCUGGGAUGAUGAGCAAAAUAGACUGAUCUUGUUUGAUAUUGGGGCUGCUUGAAGC